AUAUCAUUAAAAUGUAAUUUACUGUCAAAAAGAAAUGUAAAUGAAAAUUGGACGUUUACAAAAAAUAUUUCUUUUCUAUAAAGCAUAAGUUGCGACUGUACCUGAUGGAUCUUUCGCCAUUUAAUAUGCUGCUCAUGUUACUUAUCCACUUAUCUAUUUUGUUGACUGUUACAGCCCAACAGAAUCUUACACCAUUUGGACAGGCUUCACUAAGUUCAAAUGGUGGAGGCCCUGCAAUAAAUGCUAUAAAACCACCUAUAUCAAAUAAGUUUAGUGUAGAUAUAUGUACCCACACAUUGCUUCGCAAACCCGAUGCAUGGUGGAUGUUUGAAUUCAAUAAAGAGACUGUAUUCAUCACAGAUGUAAUUAUAUACUACAGAGAAGAUUUUUCUCGACGUAUGGAUGGAUUUAAACUAUAUGUUACCAACACAUCAACUAUUCCACCUGUUGGUUUUCUCUGCUAUGCAGAUGGUCCUGGUCUCCCAAACAUCACUCAGACAAUUCCUUGUUAUGAAUUUGGAAAAUUUGUCAUUUACUACGAUGAUAAAGGAUCUACAGAAUCAGACGGUCGCGAAGAUGGACCUAUGGUUGAGUUAUGUUACGUUGCCAUAAAUGGAUGUCAAAAGAGUCUUUGGGGAAGUACUUGCGAACAAUUUUGUCCCGAAAAUUGUAUAGAUCAACAUUGUUACCCUGGAAACGGAUCUUGUGUUUGGGGAUGUGACUCUAAAAACUGUUUAAAUGAUAUUUGCAGUAAAGAUACUGCAGUUUGUACCGACGGUUGUAAGGAGAGACGAACAGGAAGAUAUUGUAACAAGUAUAACAUAGCAUAUGAAGGAAUAGUAUGGCAGGUUCCAAGUGGUAGUGUAGAUGCUGGUCUUGCAAACGAUGGAAUUGAAACAACAUGUGUCAAAACCACAAGACCUAAUGGAAGAUUCCAUGUUGAGCUACAGGGGAAAAGUAUUGUUACAGGAAUCUAUAUCAUUUUAGAUGGUACAACAACAGAGGGUCAUCACACUAUUUACGCUUCAAAUACUAGCAAUACCUGGACUAGUGGAACAGUUUUAUACAAUGGUACACAUCUGCCUCAUGAAAUCAACGUUAACGCCGUUUUUAUGGUCUUAACCUAUGUACCUCCAGUGCACAGUCCAGUUAUAGAACUUGAGCUAUGUGAAAUAGGGAUUAUAGGUUGUCCCCCGACACACUAUGGACCUUUAUGUAAUACAACGUGCCCACACAACUGUAAUGGACCAUGUGACCUUGAAAGUGGAAUUUGUAUACUUGGUUGUAUGAAUGGAUGGGCUGGCGAUAGAUGUGAAGAUGAAUGCAAUGAGGGUUCAUAUGGCAAAGAUUGUUUAGAAAAGUGUUCAGAAAAUUGUUGGGAUACUAAAUGCAAUCACGUUACAGGCAAAUGCAUUGCUGGAUGCAAGGAUGGAUGGCAGGGAUUCAAUUGUUCACUGACGUGUCCUGAUGGUCAAUUUGGGAGAAACUGUUCUGGAUUUUGUGAGGGAUGUGUAUCAAGUAUGUGUCAUCAUGUUAGUGGGUUGUGUGAUAACACCACUAGCUGUAAUCCUGGUUAUGAACACAACGAAAAAUGCGACUUACCCUGCGACGAUGGAGAUUUUGGUAUUGGUUGUGUCAAUAAAUGUUACUGUCUUACUGCAACUUGCAGCAAGGCAGAUGGAAAAUGUCCACCUGGAGGCUGUGAUGCGGGUUACCAUGGUCAAUCAUGUAACCAAGAGUGUAAGAGUGGUACAUUUGGUCAAAAUUGUAUCAAUAACUGUGGCGGGUGCAUAUCUUCUAUGUGUGGCUCUAUUGAUGGAUUAUGUAUAAAUACAACUGGAUGCGAACCUGGUUAUCUUUACGACAAAUACUGCAACAAAACCUGUGACGAUGGAUAUUUUGGUAAGAACUGCACAGGAAAGUGUAAUUGUUUGACUGGAACAUGCGACAUUUCUACUGGAAUAUGUGAAGAUGGAUCUGAGUUACGAGGUGAAGAGCCGCCUAACACAGCUGCUAUAGGUGGAGGUGUUUCUGCGGUAAUAUUAGUUGUGAUCUUAUUGGUGGUAGUAUUUAUAGUUUACAAACGCAGAUUAAUAUCGACAAAAGAUAGAAAUGUACACCGGAAAAAAUCAAACAAUCAGACUUCUUUGGGUUUACAAAGAGAAAUCGGUAAUGGAAAUGAAUAUGCAAAUAUGAAUACAGAUGAUAGAGUAGACAUAGAAGAGGUCACUUUUACCCUGAAAGACAGAGAAGAUACCAAUCAACAAAUAGACGAAAAUGGCGAUGAAAACGUUUACUUUAAUGUAACAAGCAAACUAGAUAUAUCUAUGUACCAGAUACAAAUUGAGAACCUAAAGAAGGCUGUAAUUGAUAAACAGCGGGACGAGGGUUUCAAGAAAGAGUAUGAGAUGUUACCUAGAGGACUUUUGUAUGCACAUGUUGAAGGUUCCAAAGAGGAAAAUAAAGUUAAAAAUCGUUUUCUGUCAACAUGGCCGUACGACCAUUCAAGAGUUAUUCUGAAGGGAGACACGAAACAUGAUUAUAUUAAUGCUAGUUACAUAGAUAACUACGAAAAGGAAAAAGCAUAUAUAGCAGCACAAGGUCCUAAAAAGGUUACCUUGAGAGAUUUCUGGCAUAUGAUAUGGCAGGAUAAUGUUGGGAAAAUAGUGAUGGUAACACAACUGAUAGAAAAUAGAAAGGCAAAAUGUGAAAGAUAUUGGCCUAAAACAGUAACAGAACCACUAGUUGUCAACAAUUUCAUAGUUACAAUGAAAGAGGAAAUAAAGCAAACAGUUUAUGUGUACAGAUCGCUGGUAGUAUUGAACAAAAACACUGCACAGGAAAGAACAAUUCAUCAUUUUCAUUUUACGCAAUGGCCGGACCAUGGUGUCCCCGACAGCAUAAAACUGGUCAAAUUUUACAGGAAAGUCAAGAGUCAAAAAUGCAAUCAACAUGGCCCAAUGCUGGUCCAUUGCAGUGCUGGAAUUGGACGGACAGGUACAUUUAUAGCUAUAGAUGCAUUAUAUGAAAAUGGAAAGAAAGUUGGUCAUGUAAAUAUAAUGGAGUAUAUACAGAUGGCAAGAAAAGACAGAAUAAACAUGGUUCAAACACAUGAACAAUAUGAAGCAGUCUUUGAAGCCUUAUUAGAACUGUUUACUGUACCAGAAACGGCUAUUCCAAAGAAUGGAUUUUGUCAAUACAUUUCAGAUCAUGAACAAGCAACCCUACCACGAAAUCAAGAUCUGUAUAAAAGUCAAUUUCAGAGAUUGGAAGCGCUAAGACCUUUGUAUCCUCCUUCAGUUUUUACUGCAGCAACAUCAAAGGAAAACAUAUCCAAAAAUUCAGCAAACAAAAUAUUUCCACAUGACAAUUAUAGACCGUACCUGAUGUCAUAUGGUAAAACACGUAAUGAUUACAUCAACGCAGUCAUCAUACCAGGAUAUGCAGAGAAUAGUAAAUUUUUGGUAACACAGUGUCCUUUAGAGAAAACUGUUGUAGAUUUCUGGACAAUGGUGUAUGACCAUGAUUCUAAUAUUGUGGUAUUGUUGGACCAGUUGAACAAGAAUGCUCCGUUAUGGGAUGAAGAACAGAAAGUUCUGGAGUUUGAACAAUUUUCUAUUUUGCAAGAAGAUUCAUCUAACACAGAGGAGUUUCAGCUGACUUUACAUCAUAAGAAAAAGGACCAGAGAACGAUAACUGUUUUUUCGGCAAGUAAAUUGAACGUGGCAAGUGUUACUAAGCUUCCAUCGAGCAUUCUGCUUGGUAUUCUUAAAAAAGUAAAAGUCUGCUGGAAAAAAGACAAAGGUUCAAUUACUGUUGUUAGCAGCGAUGGUUGCACUAAAGGUGGACUGUUUGUUGCACUAUAUCUUGCCUUAGAAAAAAUAGAGAUAGACGAUGAAGUAGAUGUUUUUCAAUUGGUUAGAGCAAUGCAAGUUAGACGUCCUGAAUUUUUUAUGAAACUAGAUCAGUAUGAAUAUAUCUACAAGUGUAUCAAGGAACAUUUAGAGGAAACAGACUCGUUAUAUGCAAAUUGUUAGUGACGUGAAACUCUUAAAUGUAUAUAUAUAAGGAUGUCC